AAUCAUAUGUUUGAAAUGUCAUUGCAAACGAACUCUUGAUUCUGUAAGAGCACACUGUUAGACCGUUCAUAAUUCCUUAUCAUUACGUGUUUGUGAUAUAAUAUAAGGUCGCUUGUAAUGCGUAAGACUCAUAACCGCUUCAACUAAUUUUAUUCAGUCUUGUGUCGUCUUUUGUGCAGUGACGUCUCCUUUUCAGCGGUUUUGUUUCGGUGUUUUAAAAGCAAAGGCAAAAAAUGUGCGAUUCAACCCCUAGAAUUCUUUCUAUUCAGAGUCAUGUGGUUCACGGCUACGUCGGGAAUAAAAGUGCUACCUUCCCGCUACAGGUGCUAGGUUUUGAAGUUGAUUCAAUAAACACAGUGCAGUUCUCAACUCAUACAGCCUACAAACAUAUCAAGGGCAAUGUUUUAAAAAAUGAAGAAUUAGAUGAGCUGAUUGACGGCCUAACAUUAAAUGAUGUUGACCACUACACACACUUCCUGACUGGAUACUCAAGAUCCCCGGACUCUUUGACAAAAAUAGCAGAAAUUAUCAAGAAAUUAAGGUCGAAAAAUCCUAAUUUAAUUUAUGUGUGUGACCCAGUAAUGGGUGACAAUGGAAAGAUGUAUGUGCCUGACGAGAUCAUGCCGGUCUACCGAGAUGUUGUCGUCCCCCUAGCCGACGUCCUCACACCAAAUCAGUUCGAAGCUGAGGUAUUAACGGGACUCAAAAUGACCAACUUUGAUGACGCCUUGACAAUCAUAAAAGCCCUUCACGAUAAAGGAGUUAAAACUGUCGUAAUAUCCAGUACUGACUUAGGGGGUGAGAAGCUUAUGAUCGGCCUCGCGAGUAACGGAGUAUCAUGUUACAAGAUACAAGUGCCACUAGUAGACACUAACUUCACUGGAACUGGUGACUUAUUCGCGGCACUAUUUUUGGCCUGGUUCCACAAAACAGGUAGCAAUUUAAAAUUGACGAUGGAGAAGACCAUGUCGACGCUACAGAAUAUUGUACAAGACACGUAUCAAAAAGCUAGAGCCAUUCAACCACAGAACAAAAUUCCUCCGAAACUGAAAGAGCUACGUCUAGUUCAAAACAAAGAUUUUAUUGAAAAUCCAAUGAUAACGAUUACGGCAGAAGAGAUAAGAAAGAAAAUGGUUGAUUGAGUCAGUUGAUGGUAGAAAAAAAUAUAAAUGCUUUUAUUUUUAAUUUUUAUGUUUACACGUGCGUUGUGUAUAGACUCAAUAUUGCUACUCCCAGUAGAAUUCGGAAAGAUUCCGUGGACUUUUAUAAAACUUGAAAAGACAAUAAAAAGUCGAUGAACUAUUGAUAAUAUUAAAAUAAUAUUUAUGCUUAACUUUAAUAAGGUAAAUUUAUGAAAUCAUGGCAAUAUUUAAGUAAGUAAAUUUUGUUGUGUAAGGUAAUUUUGACCAAUGAAAGUCUUCCAUAGUAACAUUAAGUUUUGCUAUAUUUACUUGUCUGUGAUAGAUAACACAUAAUAUAAUCUUUUUGUUGAUUUGUUUUUGUUGACCAAGCGCAUUGUGAUUUAAGCUACGUGUGUACCUAUCUAUGACCUUAGAGUUAAUUCGUUAACGGUUCAUGCAAUGGCAUGGAAACAAUGUUGCCAGAUUAUUGUAUAUUACAUAGUGCUGAGCAAAAUUGUUGUUUUUAUUAGAUACAAAUAUUCAGAUAUAAUAUAUUGACUUAUGUUAAAAGUAAUAAUUUAAAUGACUUCAGAAACAAAUGUAAGAAUAAUACCUAUUAUAAAUGAAAUUAAUGUUGUUAUGCAAAA